GUGCUCGGGGAGAGAGACUAAGACGGAUAACGCGUCAUCUCGCCUUCCCAAAUUUUCCCCCAUCGCUAGACCGGGUCCAAAACCUCCAUCCGGAGCAGGCAGGAAAGGAGAACGAUGUUUAACUCGGUCAACCUGGGCAACUUCUGCUCGCCGUCGCGCAAGGAGAGGGGCGCUGACUUCGCCGAGCGAGGGAGCUGCGCCUCCAACCUCUAUCUGCCCAGUUGCACUUACUACGUGCCCGAGUUCUCCACGGUCUCUUCCUUCCUGCCCCAGGCCCCCUCUCGUCAGAUCUCCUACCCCUACUCUGCUCAAGUGCCCCCGGUCCGGGAGGUCCCCUACGGCCUAGAGCCAUCCAGCAAGUGGCACCAUAGGAACAGCUACUCUGCGUGCUAUGCGGCGACCGACGAGCUCAUGCACCGGGAGUGCCUACCACCUUCCACGGUCACCGAGAUCCUCAUGAAAAACGAAGGCUCUUACGGCGCCCACCACCACCCCAGCGGCCCGCACGCAGCCCCUGCGGGCUUCUACUCCUCGGUCAACAAGAACAGCGUGCUGCCCCAAGCCUUCGACCGCUUCUUCGACAACGCCUACUGCGGCGGUGACCCGCCCGCCGAGCCCCCCUGCUCCGCUAAAGGCGAGGCCAAGGGGGACCCCGAAGCGCCCCCGACCUCGGGACUGGCGACCCGGGCUGAGGCCGGUGCUGAGGCCGAGGCAGAGGAAGAGAAUACCAAUCCCAGCUCCUCGGGUUCGACCCACUCUGCGACCAAGGAGCCGGCUAAGGGAGCCGCCCCCAACGCCCCCCGCACCCGCAAGAAGCGCUGCCCUUAUUCGAAAUUCCAGAUCCGGGAACUGGAGCGAGAGUUUUUCUUCAACGUGUAUAUCAACAAAGAGAAGCGGCUGCAGCUGUCCCGGAUGCUGAACCUGACGGACCGACAAGUGAAAAUUUGGUUUCAGAACAGAAGGAUGAAAGAAAAAAAACUAAGCAGAGACAGGCUGCAGUAUUUUUCAGGAAAUCCACUGCUGUAACUGCAGACCGGUCCGUGAGGGAGGGGGGGAGAAAUUAUUUUAUUUUAUUUUUAUUUUUUAUUUUCUAACUCGUCAUUUUUCCGCGGGUGGAAAACUGGACUGUGGCCAGGGCUGGUCCCCACUGCCGGUGCUGGCACUUCCUUCCGGAACAUCUUCACCUUGGGUCUGAUUCACCGUAGCGACAGAGACCCUGCCUGGAAAAGGAGGUGAAGGGAAGUAUCUGACCUUGGCGAGUGGAUCCUGUUGGCGCCAAGGCCCCAAGACUGUUUAUUUAAAAGAAAACACACCUUGCGACGAUGUCUUGCUGCUGGGAUUGGGUGAGGGGAAGUGCCCGCACCGUGGGCGCCUGAGCCGAACAAUCCUCGAACUCCAAGCCUUCCCUUGCCCAUGUGAAAAGAUUGCUGAAACACCUUGUCUGUGAGGCCUCCGGGGCUCCCCAUCCCCACCCCCACCUUGCCCCUUGUUAGGGGGCAGCUAAAUGUGAUCCUGCCUUGCUGUGAAAUUUCUGUACCUUCGACCUGGUGUUAGGUGUGCAAAAAGUCCACCUCCUACCUCUGUCUGCGCCUGGCCCCGCCUGAGCCUAGCUGCUCUCCCUGUAAACCUGUAGAGACCUCUUUUGAAAAUUCUUAACUGGUGCAUUGAGGUGUCCUAAACUUUUUCCCAAACAGUGUCCCCACUCCAUGGAUUUAUUGCUCGCCUAUGCAGUCCUUAACUCCUUAAGAAGAAAAAAAAGAUUGGGGUGGAGGAGACAGUAGAGAGAUGGGGUCGGGUGCCUCCCCCUAGCUGGGCUUGAAUUUUUGUAAAUAAAUUUCACAAGCACUUCUUUCUACCUGGAGAGGAAGGGGGAGGUUGUGCCAGAAAGAGAUUCUAAUUGCCCAUCUCUCUCCAUGUGUGUCAGUGCGUGUGUACAAUGUGCAGUCCCCACCCUGCUCCUGUCUCAGAGGGAUUGCUGUGAAUUUUUUUGUGGCAAAUAAAGAUAUUUCAUUCUGUUCAA